GCGGGUCCCCUUCCCCUCCAGGGAGGGGGAGGAGGGCGGAGUGGGGAGGAGGUGGAAAUGAGCGGCAGUUGCCUUCGAUUAGCCCGAUGCGCUUAGAUACUCCCCUGCCGGGCGCUGGACGGGCAGCAGAGAGGGGCUGCCCGCCCCUCCGGAGAGCCGAGCCGGCAGCCAGCCUGGUUUAACGGGCGGGCUCGCGCCUGAGGAGAGACCGCGCUCACCGUCGGAGCGCGGUGGGGGCGCCUGUCAGAGGGAAAUGCUGCAGCAUGCACCCACCGCCUAGAGAGAAGGGCUCGCACCUCGGCGGACUCCUGCAGCCCGCUCCCUGAAGCGAGCCGCCCGGCUCGGAGCCUGCACGGGGGAGCAGCCCGGCUCCGGCGGGAUGCGCUCGCCGCCGCCUUCAUGCUGGGAGGGGGAACUCUGAGCCGCCGCUCCGCGCCCCGCGAGCCUUCGUGCGCGCCUGUGUGCGGGCAGCUGCGGGGCCCCGUGUCGCUGCGUAGCCCCCACCGCAGCCAUCCACGUGUCACGCGCCGGCGGCCCCCCGUGAAGGCGCCCGCUCCGGCCGGGUGGCCGGCCGGGGAUCGCUGAGCCCGUCGCUGCAGCGGCCGGCGGCGGCUCCCGCCCGGUGCCCCAUGGUGCUGCUGCGGAAGCUGCCGGGCAUGCCGGGCUGGCCGGCGGCGCUGGGGCUGCGGCUGCCGCAGAAGUUCCUCUUCCUGCUCUUCCUCUCGGGCCUGCUCACGCUGUGCUUCGGGGCCCUCUUCCUCCUGCCCGAUUCCUCCCGCUUCAAGCGGCUUUUCCUGCCCCGCCGCGCUGCCGCCUCCUCCGCCUCCUCUUCUUCCUCCGCCUCCUCCUCCUCCGCCUCCUCUUCGUCCACCGGCGACACGGACCUGCCCCGCAGCCCGCCCGCCGCCGCCGAGCCCCGCCACGCCAGCCCCGCCGCCUCGCGCCGCCUCCGGGACAGGCUCCGCACCGCUGCCCGCGCGGCCGGCCCGCCGGCCCGCACCGCCCCGGGCUCCCGGCGGCAGGCCGAGCCCGCCACCGGCUCGCCCGCUGCCGCCCGGGAGACCCGAGCCGCUUCCCGCUUCGACUACGAACGGUUCCGGCAGCUCCUCCGCCACCCGGUGCGGGGCAGGCGGCCUGCCGAGGACCCCGAGACCCACGCUCGCAGGAUGAAGGUUAAAGAGAUGAUGAAAUUUGCUUGGGAUAACUACAAACAAUAUGCACUAGGGAAAAAUGAACUGCGACCGCUCACUAAGAACGGCCACAUCGGUAACAUGUUUGGAGGCCUUCGAGGAGCUACAGUGGUGGAUGCCUUAGAUACUCUGUAUGUCAUGGAACUUGAGGAGGAAUUCCAAGAAGCAAAGAAGUGGGUGGAGAAGAGUUUUGACUUGAAUGUGAAUGGAGAAGCAUCCUUGUUUGAGGUGAACAUCCGCUAUAUUGGAGGACUGUUGGCCGCGUACUACUUAACUGGAGAAGAGGUGUUCAAGAGUAAAGCUCUGGAACUUGGAGAGAAACUUUUGCCAGCUUUUAACACCCCUACUGGUAUCCCACGCGGCGUCAUAAAUCUGGGCAGCGGCAUGAGUUGGAGUUGGGGUUGGGCAUCUGCCGGAAGCAGCAUCUUAGCAGAAUUUGGUACCUUGCACUUAGAAUUCCUGCACCUUUCAGAGCUCUCCGGCAACCCGGUGUUUGCAGAAAAGGUGAUGAACAUCCGCAAAGUCCUGAACAGAGUUGAGAAGCCGCAGGGCCUAUAUCCCAACUUCCUGAGCCCAGUGACAGGCAACUGGGUGCAGCACCAUGUCUCCAUAGGGGGGCUUGGGGACAGCUUUUAUGAAUAUCUCAUCAAAUCUUGGCUGAUGUCAGACAAGAAAGACUCUGAAGCUAAAAAGAUGUAUGACGAUGCACUAGAGGCAAUAGAAAAGCAUUUGGUCAAAAAGUCUGCUGGAGGAUUGACCUACAUUGCUGAAUGGAGGGGUGGCAUCUUGGAUCACAAAAUGGGCCACUUGGCUUGCUUCUCCGGGGGCAUGAUAGCACUUGGAGCCGAACAUGCUGGAGAAGAAAGGAAGCAACAUUACAUGGAUCUAGCUGCAGAAAUAACUAACACAUGUCAUGAGUCUUAUGCACGCUCAGAUACCAAACUCGGCCCCGAAGCCUUUCGCUUUGACACUGGAACUGAAGCCAUGGCAACCAGGCUCAGCGAGCGCUACUAUAUCCUACGCCCAGAAGUGGUAGAAAGCUAUAUGUACAUGUGGCGACUGACGCAUGAUCCCAAGUACAGACAGUGGGGCUGGGAGGCUGUGAAGGCCCUGGAAAAACAUUGCAGAGUAGAAGCUGGCUUUUCUGGCAUCCGAGAUGUUUACACCACAACCCCAACCCAUGACAACAUGCAACAGAGUUUUUUCCUUGCAGAAACUCUGAAGUACCUCUAUCUUCUGUUCUGUGAAGACGAUGUGCUGUCCCUGGACGACUGGGUGUUCAACACGGAGGCUCACCCCCUGCCAGUCAACCACACGAACUUUAAAGCUAAAGCAAGUGUGCAGUAGUGAGGCCAUUGCCCAGCACCCAGCUUCUGCAGUGUCAGCGGGUUACUGCAUUUCCUUUCCAUUAAAGGAGUUCGUGUUGUUCCUAAAAUGGUAUUUUGGGGCACUAGUCCAAUUCCGGACAGUAUUAUAUCGGGGAGAUGAAACCGUGACAUAAGCACCUUCUUUUCCUCUGUGAGGAGCUCUAUUAGCCUGAAAAUGAGAUGUUUAUUCUGGGCCAUAUUGUACACAAUUCAUAGACAUUCCUUUAUACAGAGAAUUUAUAUGAAAUCCACUGACUUUGCUCUAUAGUGGCCAAAGGAUUGGAAGUUUGCCAUAUAAUAGGCUUCCCCACACACAGACACAUUCUUCCUUUCAUAUUUUUGUUUUGUUUUUGCCUUUUAUAUACUGUUGGAUUUUAUCGCCUUUCUAAUUAACAGUUUUCAAUAUACUGUGCUUUCUAGGUGGUGUCAAAAUUGUAACUAAAUCAAAACCUGUCUGCAAAAUUCUUGAUCCUAAUGUAUUUUUAUAUCUAUUUUCUGUGCUCUUAAAUCACAUUUACCAUGCAUCACAUCUCAUUUAACUUUCCUUUAUACUUUUUGUGUUUUUCUACUUUUAUUUGGAACUAAAUGUUACGAGUCACUUGUAAUAAUUUCACUGCUGUAAUAGUCAAAUCUGUGAAACGGAAUAAAAG